AUGGCCACUUACCUUCCAUACCAUGAACCCGGAAUCGUUCGAAUUUUGAUCUUGAGCUCAUUUAUUCUUCUUCUCAAUGUGGUGAACUACGUCCUUGAUAAAUACUUGUAUUGUGGACUCGUGGGCCAGAUUUUACUAGGAAUAGCUUGGGGAACUCCUGGUGGAAAAUGGAUCGAUGAAAGUACCGAAAAGGUUUUUCUCGACCUUGGAUAUUUGGGGCUUAUUUUGAUUGUUUACGAAGGGGGCCUUUUAAGCUCUAUGGAAAUUUUGAUGAAAAAUAUUCAUCUUUCACUAAUCAUUGCUUUAACCGGAAUAACCGCACCAAUAGCAAUUAGUUUUUCAAUUUUGGGUUAUUCCAAUGCUACUCCGGUGGCGGCUUUUGCAGCUGGAGCUGCUCUUUGCUCUACUAGUUUGGGAACGGCUUUCACAAUCAUGUCGACAUCUAAACUUGUGCUUUCAAAAGUUGGAGUUCUCUUAACUUCAGCCGCCAUGAUCGAUGAUAUUGCUGGUCUUGUGAUGCUCCAGGUGAUCUCCAAUUUGGGCGACGGGUCUUUUACGGCGGUUUCUGUGAUUAGACCUGUUUUUGUUUCCAUUGGACUAAUUGUGAUCACAGCAUUAGUGUGCUGGCUAAUUGUUCGUCCAGCGACUCGUUAUGCUAUUUUAAACCAGUGGAAAUUUCCCAAAAGUGCCCCGGUUUACUUCGUAUGCCAUACCCUUCUUCUUUUCGGCAUUGUCACCGGCGCAACGUAUGCUGGGGCCUCGCUGUUGACGGCUGCCUAUGUCACAGGUGCUGCCAUUUCCUGGUGGGAUAAACUAGAAUUUGAACAGGAAGAAGACAUAGAAAUGUCCGAGGCCAAUCUGCAAUGGACCCAGCAAACCCUGGGCGAAGUAACACCCACUCAAAAUGCUCAGUCAACUACCACCGGCUAUGAUCAGUAUUCUAACGAUGGUUCGUUUUCGCCUUCCUCCCAAACUUCUACGGAACCCAGUACCGGGGCCAGCGAAGACAGCAUCGAAGUGACGGAGGAUGUAGCUUCUACUGUCCACCAACCUCAUGUUACGGGGCUCGAGGUUUUUGAGAAAUUCUACUCCCAACCUUUAGGCCGCAUUUUACGCCCAAUUUUUUUUGCAACCGUGGGGUUUUCAAUUCCCAUUACACAGAUGUUCACUGGUCGUCUCCUCUGGAGAGGUUUGGUGUAUUCCGUUCUUAUGGCAAUUUCCAAAUUGGUAUGCUGCUUGUGGCUCCUCCGAGUCAAAUCGCGAAGCAAGACAAAUAAUUACGCAGUUCCUUUAUUGGGACUUUCCAUGGUUCCACGAGGUGAGAUUGGAUUUUUGGUUGCGUCACUUGCCGAGUCUAAAGGUGUAUUUGGGAAUCCUUUGAGUCCUGGUGGUAGUUCUGAAGUAUACGUAAUAGUGGUUUGGGCGGUGGUUCUUUGCACUAUGGUAGCGCCAAUUUGCAUUGGGUUGCUCGUGAGGAAAAUCAAGCUGGUGGAUGCCGAUGGGGGCAGCAGUUUAGGAGUUUGGGGGUUUACCUGA